AUGGCUGAUUACAAAUCAAACAGUCGUGAUGAUGUUGACGAUAAUGAAAAAGCACUGGAAGAAUUCGACAACUGGCUGUCAAACACUUCAUCUACCUAUUCCACUACUCAUCCUGGAAGAAAUUACUUAAAAAUUGCUACAAAUUUAAAAUCAGGCCAACGUGGUCUAAUUGCUUGUUGUAAUAUCAAUGCUAAUCAGUGUAUUUACUCUAUCCUGCUGAAGGAUCUACGUUAUAUUCUCACUCCACUAAGAUGCACUUUUCUCCUGAAUACAUGUCAAUGUUUUCUUACGAAUGAGUUUAAACAAAACCACAAAAUCCAGUUAAAUUCAUUUGAUAUUCUUGUCACAUUUAUCUAUCAUUGUAAAUAUUCAAGUAGUGCGCAAAGAGAUUGUUUUAUACAGAAUAUUUGGUCACCGUAUAUCAAUGUUCUACCAAAUCGUUAUCCAAAUCCUGUAUCAUAUAUUCUAUCGUCUACUGAUUAUAAUAACAGUAGUAUAUUCAAUGCGAACUGCACAACAAACUCUUUGCCUUAUUUUCAUUCCUAUGAUAUCAAUAUAGCCUUUAGAAAUAUAUUAAAACGCGUAACAAAAUCAUGGCAUAAUAUUAAACCCCUGUUGUACCAUAAUACUAAUCAAAAUGAGCAUACAAGCGAUACACCGUCGAAUGAAUUUCUAUGGGCAUGGUUUACUGUCAAUUCUCGGUGUGUUUCAUGCCCCAUGAAACAAGAGUCAAUCUUAAAUAUUCAACAAUUUUUUCAAGCCUUGUUUAAACCUUAUUCACAAAGUGAAGGACGUAUUUUGAACAUGAUUAUUGAGAAUAUUAUUCAACUGAAAGAUGAUACUACUUCUACUACUACUACUAAUACUGAUGAUAAUAAUAAUGAUGGGGCACAUACAAUUGCUCUAAUACCAUUUUUUGAUUUUUUCAAUCAUAAUCCAAAUAUUGCUACUAACACUAGGUUGAUUUUAUCAAACGAUACUAAUACAUUGGAAUUAUAUUUAGAUCAAGAAGUUUCUGAAAAUGAACAGGUGAAUGUUUAUAUUUUAUGUGCAAAGAUGGUGUAUUAUUUACUUGAUAUUAUGGCUAAUGAUCUGUAG